AUGAGUGCCUUGUUGGGUGAAUUGAAGGUUGAAGUGAGAUACUUGCGAGAAGACAAUGAAGCACAAGCAGCUAAGGUGAGAGAACUGGAGUUGCAAAAGACUGAGCUGGACAAGCUGAAGGAACAAUAUCAAGCACAGUCACAAGAACUGAUCUCCAUUAAAGCUAAGACAAAUACCACAGAAAACCAGGUGGAGGCUCUAAAGAGAGAGAGAGAAGUGAAACAAGUGGCUUUCUCAGCCUCUCUGCUAGCUGCGGGGUCGGGAACUGUUGGACCGUUUAACACACACACACCUCUGGUCUUCAGACGUGUCGUCUCAAAUAUUGGAAAUGCAUAUAAUCCACAUACAGGAUUUUUCAUUGCACCAGUGAGAGGAGCUUACCACUUUGAGUUCUACAUUGGUGCACAUGGUCAUGCAGCUCAUCCUACUGGAGCUGUGUUGAUCAAGAAUGGCGAGCAUAUUUUUAUUGCCUAUGAACACCAGAAUUCCCAUUAUGGAAGUUCUGCUAAUGGUGUCACGUUGUUAUUAGAGGUUGGAGAUGUUGUGUUUUUGCGCCAGUGGGUUAACUCAAGGAUUUUUGACAAUGAAAAUCACCAUAGCACCUUUAGCGGCCAUCUGCUUUUUACCAUGUGA